AUGAAUGACCUUGGCACGCCAACUCCCCUUCCUCCAUUCAUCCCCCCAAAUACUAUCCAGCAUGUCACCAUCUCACUCACAGUGGCAGAGUCCAUCCAAUACGAGCCUUCCCAAACACACACCUCGCUAGCACUCCAGCCAAAGCUAUCCAUUCGUGUUAUGCCUGUCGUUAUACAUAGUAACAAACAAACAAACAAACCAACCAAACCGCAUUUCCCCAUAACAAUCCCAUAA